UCUCUCCUCCGGCCUUCUCCCUUCCUCUUCCCGUCUCUGCGCCCAGCGAUGGCGGGACUGGAUCAUAGGAUCUUCCCUGUGCAGACAGAGGCCACCGGAAAUGGCAUCACCUCCCCAGACACGGGCUUGUGAAAGUUCCAGCACCCAGCGUUGAACUUCUUUCCCUGGAAGACAGAGUCUGGGCCGUUCUGAUCUUCAGCCAGGAAAGGACUCUAUCUAGGGAAGAGAUCCGGAGUCAACAGAGAGACGUAGACAGAAAGUCACCAGGGGUUUCAAUGAAUCCCUACUGUUACAAGUCACUGGGCAGAUGGGGGAUGGGACUCCAGCCACCGGACUUGGUGGCACCAAAGGACGAGCUGCUAGUGGUCUAGACUGCAGUUCCCAGACCCAGCUUGUGCAAAAGAGGGAGCUAAGAGGCGCGACGCAGGGCAUCAUGGUUCGCCUGUUGGCCUCAGAAGUCCAGCAGCUUCUACACAACAAGUAUGUGGUCGUCCUUGGGGACUCUGUGCAUAGGGCGGUGUACAAGGACCUGGUGCUCCUGCUGCAGAAGGAUUGCCUGCUCAGUUACAAGCAGCUCAGAAUGAAGGGGGAGCUGACCUUUGAAAAGGACCAGCUGAUGAAGGGAGGCGAGCUGGAUACGCUGCACAAUCGCACCGACUACCGCGAGGUGCGCGAGUUCUGCUCCGACCACCACCUGGUGCGCUUCUACUUCCUCACUCGCGUCUAUUCAGAGUACAUGGAGAGCGUUCUAGAGGAGCUGCAAUCAGGCACGCAUGCCCCGGACGUGAUCAUUAUGAACUCUUGCCUCUGGGACGUCUCCAGGUAUGGGCGGAAUUCCUUGAGUAGCUAUAGGCAGAAUCUGGAGAGCCUGUUUGGGCGCAUGGACCAGGUGCUGCCCAAGUCGUGCCUGCUAGUGUGGAACACUGCCAUGCCCUUGGGUGACAAGAUCAAGGCGGCCUUCCUCCCUCAGAAGUGUAAGGGCCAGGCUCGGAUCUCGGUAGCCACCCUGAAAAAAAGAGUGAGGCAGGCCAACUUGUACAGCCAUGCAGAAGCAACCAAGCGCUGCUUCGACGUGCUGGACUUAAAUUUCCACUUCCGGCAAGCCAAGAAGCACCUGCAGGGAGAUGGCGUGCACUGGAAUGAACAUGCACACCGCAAACUCACCUACAUGCUGCUGGCCCACAUGGCCGAUGCCUGGGGUGUGGAGUUGCCCCACCGAGACCCAUGGGAGAUUGAUCCCGUGGACUGGGAAAGUGCAGGCCCAGGCCCGGUAGAGGAAUGGCAGCCCCAGGCCAAUAGAGGUCCUCAGGCCUUUGCCCCGCCCCCACCUGGGCCUUUUCCCAGGCCACGCCCCCUAUUCCCUCCCCCUGGCAUGCCCGUAAGGCCCCCACCCCUACUAGCAUGUCCACUGCCCCCACCUCAGGUGACACCCCCGUUACCCCCAUAUCCCCAAGAUUCCUAUUUCUCCUCAGACCAUAUUUUCCAGACGGAUGAAUUCUAUAUUCAUUCAGAGGACCCCUCACCCACCCACCCAGGAUAUGCCUUUGAGGGUGACUUUAGUUUUCAUCCCCAGCCACCCAUGCCCAACUACCGCCCACCCUGUUACCAGCGCCCGGCCCCCGGGCCGCAUAGGGGUUUCCAAAGGCGUUUAGCUCAGGGCCCCUAUAUGCCCUGGAGAGGCCGGCCCAGGCGACCACAAAGACAUGGCCCAGGCUAUGUAGAUUCAAGGCCUCAAUAGUCUGACUUGAACCCCAUCACCUCUGGAUGGGGCUGUGUGAUAACUGACCUUCCCUGUUCGUUGUCCCAGUCUACACACACUGACCUUGCUAACGUACGCCCAGCGAGUCCGUCUUGGACUUCUCUUUGUUCACUGCUGUUAGAAACAGGGGCAGGGAAGAGCAAAGUGGCCCGCCCCUGUUGCCUGUGGAGGUCUCUUUCCCCCCGAGUGACCAAGCAAGCAUUCUUACUACCUCCCCCCCUCGCUAUUCUUGUUUGUUGCCUUUUUGUAAAAAUAAAAUUGAAGUUCAGAAAUUGUU